AUGGGAUCAAGGGGACGGCCACAAUAUGCAAUCGUUCGCCUACCACCCAAUGCCGACCUCGGAGCUCUCUUCAUACUCCUUUUCCAAAACAACUACUCGGAGUUUAAACUGGUCAAUGACAUCUCGGAGGCGUGUGGCUGCACGGUGCCCGGCAGUUCCAGCUCUGCUCAGGGUGCUGAGAUUGAAGGCGGUGACACUGACUCGGAGCCUCGACCAUCCCCGAGUUCUUUGCCCACAUCAAUGUUUCCGAAUCCAUCCGCUUUAGAAAGAUUACAUCAACCAUGUACAUCGACGGCUACUCCAAUGCAUGUGCAAACGAUGAUCCUCCCAAAAAACAAUAUGUUAAAUGAUCUUGUCGUGAAACAAGAAAUGGCUGAUGUCUCCGAUGUGUGCACAUCACUUCAAAAUCUGCCCACUCUUAUUCAACAAUUGCAAAGGCCAGCUCCAACAAUGCCUCAAUCGAUAGCAUCAACUUCUUCUGGCAGUCCAUCUCCUCAACAAGAGUUUGAUUUAAAGACAUCAGCUCUUCAUAUAAAUCUGGAUCAAAGUGGGAUCUCGGCACAUGAUGAGAGUGAUCCAGCCCUCAACGCGUCAGCCGGAUCGAAUCCCAGUGUUGAAUUGAGUGAUCACGAUCCGACAACGAUUCCAUCAAAUCUCGUCCAUCUUGUCUCCUCACUCUUCCCAUCGACUUCAAUACAAAAUGGCGGAGAGAUCACUAUUGGACAAAUGCUUCUUGAUAGCAAGCUACAACAAUCUCGUAAAUCGCUGGGCUCAGUGAUCGAUAUGUUGCACUCGAAUGGAACUUCUCCAGUGCCUGAAGGAACAACAGGGAAAAGAAAAUCCCACUCUGAAUGGGGAAACGUUGACGCAAAGGCUCUUCGACUUGAUACUCCGAAAAAAGAAGGCGAUUACGAUGAGGAGGAGCGUCGAAAAAGGAAUGCUGAAUGGACGUAUAAAGGAGAUUGGACAUGCAAGAAAUGCGGCAGCCUUGUCAAUCCGAAACAUCGAACCGCUCAGAAACUCCUUCGACACAUGGUUUCCCAUGGACCAAGGGCGUGGAGUUGCUCCGGAUGCAAUAGCAAGUUCGGUUUGCACACCUCGUUCGUCUCGCACAACAAAUCGGUGCACAACGGUGAGGCGACGCCUGUCAGUUUGAGAUCCAAAGAGUUGGAGGAUAUUUGGUUCAAAUUGGCGCACGAGUGUUUCCCCGAUUUCGUCGAACAAGUCCACUCCUGCAUCAAGAAGACGACGCAUGUC